AGAAUUAGACAGAAUCCUUUCUAGCUACUGACCGUGCAUUUCUCACAUAGAACUUAAAAAAUCCCAAACAGAUUGAAAACGUAAAAUUACCUCUCAGAAGUCUUGUUUUGCUUUUCGCUUGUGUUUUUUUUUGGGAACCUUUCUAGACACUUAAAAAAAUAAGUAUUAAGUUCGUUCGUUGGGUUAACCAGAUAUAAGAUGACUUCUUCCAACCGGCCUAGGACGAAGAAUGGAAGGUGAGCAGAUCUCCAUAGCAGAAAUAGACAAAUUUCUCUGCAGAUCGAAGUAAAUGGCAACCAUAAUUCCAGUGUUUAUAUAGGCAUGAUACUUAAUCCUGGCGAUUAUGAAAUUUCCAUCGUUACAUAGGGAUGCGUCCCUUGGGCUUUUCCAGUCGUUCCCCUCCCUGGAACAUGUCAGGAUGGCCCGUAUGAAAAAAUAAGUCGAAACUUGACAAUUCUGCUGAAUUAAAAUCAAUCUGGGAAUCUGCAUUAGUCCUAGUGUAGGUGCAAGACAUAGUUUGGCAGGUAUAUGUUUAUGCUCAGUUGGAACUUCAAUGGCAGACAUUCCAGGUCACUUGCAGGCAUGCUUGCAUUCAUUCAGACUUGCUGCCUUGGCGAUUCUGUUUUCUGGCGGAAUUGUUUUGCAAAUACUGGCUUGUGCUUUAUACAGUAACUGGUGGCCGAUGCUAACGGCCACUAUGUAUAUAAUAAUGCCAAUGCCGCUUUUAUUUUUUGGAGGUGGAGAUUCUUCAUUUGCUAAUUCCGCAGAUGCUGGGGGAUGGGUGGAUAUAGCAAAAUUCUUGACUGGGGCUUCUGUAAUUGGCAGUAUUGCAAUACCUUCUAUCCUAAAACAUGCUGAUGUUAUUGGAUUGGGAGCCAUGUUUUUGGUAUUUUCAUCACUUUUUGUGUUUGGUUUGACAGCAUAUUUUUAUAUUCUCAUGAAUAGUGAGGACGAGCAUAGUUAUGGCUAUAUCUGAAGUUUGUAAUAUUUUGUUGUAAAGCUCAGGUGUAUUUUUUCUUUAGUCACAGGGUUAUUAAGAACUAGAGAAGCAGCAGUGGCCUGCCGAGCAGAUUUGUUUGUAAUCUUAUUACAUUAUCUUCUGAGUGGCUUGUUUUUUUUAUAAUGGUUUAAUGAAAAUAUUGUUUUUAUCAA